UGCGGUACCGUUCCUCCUCCAACGGAUCUUUUCCGUUUCUUUUCAAGAAACGAGACGAGAAUGGGAAGGAAUAAAGAAAAAAUCUCCCUCCCUCUUUCCCGGCGACGGAGAACGAAGCAAAACAUGAAGAAAUUCACGGCGGCAGCAACGCUUCCUCCUCCCCGAACCAUCUUUCCCAUGAUGAUGGGGAUCCUCUUCUUCUCCUCCUCCACCCUGGCGCUCGCCAAACCCUCUUCUCGCGCCAUCUCUGACAGUGAGAUCAGCGAUCGGAAGAACGCUUGUUAUGCUGACAUCGACAGCGGGCUACGGGGUGAGCGCUGCAGAUCUUCGAUGAUCGCUAAGGAGAACUGCGCAUUAAAAUGUGUUUCCCCCCUCUGUUACGAGCUCAUUUACGAGAGCGACCCGCUGGAAGAAGGAGAGAGAGACUACAGGGCCAUGGAGUUCAAUUAUUGCACGCAAAAAAUUUAGCACAAUAAGAAGACUGAAAUCACUCGGAAGAAACUGAGCAUGGUCUUCUGUCAAACUAUUGGAAGCAGUGUUUUUACCUUUUUCCAGGCGGUAGGCUUGUUGGUGAGAGCAUAGGAAUCUUAAGAAACAGCAGCUAAUUACAAUGAGCACUAGUUGUUUA